AUGUGGCUUUCAUAUAGAUUAUAUUCGUCUUUCUUUCUUGCUGCUUCUCAUUCUUCUUUCUCCCAUUAUUUUUUUUUUCAUUCCUUCUUUCGUUCAUGGUUUCAUCCAUUCAUUCAUUCAUUCAUUUAUUCUUUAAUUCAUUCUUUCUUUCUUUCUUUCUUUCUUUCUUUCUUUCUUUCUUUCUGUCGUUCAUCCUUUUUUUCUUUUACUCAUUAUUUCUUUCUUUCAUUCAUUUCUUUCUUUCUUUCAAUUUCGUUCUUCCUCCCCAUCUCUUCCCACCUCUCCUUUUCUCUCCGAGUUUUCUCAUUUUCGCUCUCUUUCUCACCUAUGCUCUCUUCCUCUACAUACGUGCUACUCCUUUUCUCUUUCUUCCUCUCGUCCCCUGCCACUCAUGUUCUCCUUCUUACACUCUGUCACUCUUCUUUUCUCCUCCUCUCUCCUUCUCCUUACUCUUUCUUCUUGAUCUUUCUCUAUCCUUCUCUCUUCGCUCUCAUUCACAUAAUCUUAUUCUCUCCUAUUCUCUUUGAUCAUUCUCCUCCUUGCUCUCUCCUUUUUCUAUUCUAUCCGUCUCUCUCAUGCCAAUUUCCUACUUUUUUCUCAUUAUCUACCUCUCCCUCUCUCUCGUCCUCUCUUUCUCCGUCUCCCCGUCUCUCACUUCAAUUCCUUCUCUCUAAAAUUCUCUAUCUAUUGCUCACUUUAUUUCUCUUCAUUUCACUAUCACACGCCCAUUUUACCCCUCUCCUUCUCCAUCUCCUCCUUUCGCUCUGUCUGUCUCUAUCCGUUUUACAAGGACAUUUCUGA